CAGUUGGAUGUGUGGUUGACUAGAGCUUCAAUGAUCUCGAUGCACAGAUAAAGGCCUCCAGACAAAGUCAGACUUUCCAAAACGGACCAGGGAAGUCCUAUCGGUCUGGAGGUCCCCGUGUGUCUGAGCUACAUCAACUGUGCUUAUUCGAUCACGGGGUCGACCGAGCAAUAUUUGCGACAUUUUAAUCACUACAUAGGGUCAAUAGUCGACCAUGGCUUCGAUAUCUUUACCUCCGCAACACCCAAUCACUCCAGCAUUCUCUGAAUACCUGCGACCAAUUGAUCGAUCACCCGCUGGUCACAGCCGCCGCAAUCUGACCAUGUCCGCUCCGCUUCCAAACCCACCAUUCGUUUUUCCUGCACGAGACCCUGAUAAUGCGACUUUCGAUGCUCCAGUCACUAGACGCAGGACUCCGCCGCCCCUACCGGCUUUUUCGUUCAAUCCAGGAUCUGGUCACUCUGCACAGCCUUCGAUGCCAAAUCUACCUUUGAAUAGGCCAGGUGGUCACCGUCGGCGGUGCAGCGAAUUUGUGGGUGGGGAUCGUUUAGCCAUUUCCCCCGGUGUCGUAGAGGCCAUCCAAGGCAACGACGAGAGUCUAAAAUCUACAGCGGCCCAACUUCCUGCUCCGGGUCCCGGCUUCGGUGCAGGCAGUCAAGGAAAGCGGCGCCAUGCCCAUCGGCGCUCAGCUGCAGUUUCUAGCGUUGAUCUUACGGCAAUCUCGAAUGCACUGGAUUUGAAGCCUACAAUUGAGAGUGCCCCUUGUAUGCCAGCCGACACGAUGCGAGAGCAUCAUGCGUCAAAUGAGCCUACCCGACCUGUAUCGCAAUCAGCAGCCAUUCUAUAUCGGCAAUCGUCACCUGCGUCCCCCCGGAUCGUUGUGGAGUCAGAGGCCCCGGGUCCGACCAAGCCAAGCCAUGAGAGUAUCAUGCCAUCGCCCAGCUAUCCUUCCCCUUCACAAUCGCCUAAAUUGCUUGAGCCUACAACCGCAUCGGACCCAUACUUUUCCACUAGAAACAGUGGUACUGUCGAGUCGACUUCAGCUGAGCCAAAGCUUUUCACGAAUGAAAAACCUAGGCCUAGGCCUAGGACAGCAGAUGCCUCUUUGAUGCUAGAUCAAAACAUGGUCUCGAGUAUGGGAGAUGUCUCAACCUUAAAGCGACCGCUAUCUGCUGCGGGGCAUUCUCGGAACCGUAAGAGCUUCUCUUCGGGAAUCUUGGAUCAUUUCGCUGGCUCGUCAAGGCGUUCUUUCUCCUCCAGCAACACGGGAAGCACUUUCGAUACCUCCGAUCAUGAUACUCAUGACUCUUCAGAGUCUCCUAACACGAGAAAGAAACCGUCCAAGACCAAAAAGCGGCAGAAGAAGGUGCGUUCCUGGGCCGGUGCGAUUUUGACCAGAGGCAAGGCCAAACGCCAUGCCAAGAAGGACAUAGGAGAGGAGAGCCAAGCUUCCGUCCCUGCCCCUGUGAUUACUAGAACAAACUCAGACCUUGGCUCGGGAUUGGAUGUAGACUUCGAUGACGACAAUAUUGUUGUUAUCCGCACGCCUACUAAUCCUGCUACACCAGAAGGUCGCCGUCCCACCUCUAAUGAACCGGAUGUGCCAUCCUUGGAGCAUUCUUGGAAGCCAAGAAGCUUCUAUGAGCAGACUACUCAAAAUGAUGCUCUCAGCCCAGUCAUCGACUUGGAUGCGGCCCUGGGACCGUUCAAUACCCCUGACAUGCACUCUGGCCGUGUCGCAGAAAGUGGAUUUUCAGCAGCCACCAAGAGAAUGUAUAGUGGUGGUCGGCGAGGUGAAUUUGUCGGCCCAGAGAUGCGUUACCAUCGGCGUGCGGAGAGUGCGCCUGAAAUGCCACCCUUCGAUCGCAGUUUUCUGGGGACAAACCGGCUCGUGACCAGUUCGACAUUGGAGAAUCCAGAUGUGCUUUAUGAAGAGGAAGAGGAUGCCUUCCUGGCCGCUACGAGCGAGUCUCCAGCUGGGAAUCAUGAGCUGCCGCUCUCACAGGUUAUCAUGUCUACCCCGCGUGAUGAUGAUAGUCGAUCCGAGGAGAGUAAAAGCAGUUCUCAUACACUUACUGUUCAGCCCGCGGUUGAUGAUGUCAGUGGUCAACCUCAUGCUGGUCUUGGAAUCCAGAAAACCGGCACUAAUGUUCUCUCGACAUCUGGCACUACUUCUUCCACUCGAGAUGAUAUCAAGUUCAGUAACGAACAAAAUUCCAUCCAUCAAAUGCAGAAUGUGGAGAACCCCUUUUCUUUUGUCUCGAGCAAUCCAAUCGACACCAUCAAACAGGAAAAUUGGCAACACCGCAUGCCCGUUACUCCAAGUCCCGAUGUUUCCCCUCGGUUUAUGGCCGCUGAUAAUCGACCUACAACCUCCCCGCUGGAGCUCACUUAUAACAUCCCUCCACUGUCUCUCCAGGGAAGCACAUCUUACUCUAAUUCCUCUUUUUCAUCUCCGGACUUUACAGGCUGCUCAUCAGAUGCCCCUCGGUCGAUCACAACCCCGUCUACAAGUGAUCGUAACUUUUCGAACCCCUCAUACAAUCCGUCUAUGGAUCUUCCACAGACGUCAGUCGAGGAUGUGCCAUCUCUUACCAGUAGCGCAUCUACGACGACGAAUGCACCCCACAGGUUCUCCGGUACGUUCUUCGGACGUCCUCGGUUGUCUUCAGACCGUUCUGCUUCUUUCUCUGCAGCGGUACGCCGCCGCACUAGCCAGGCCAACAGCUAUAAGAGGUCAAGUCUCGCCAGCCUUUCCAAACUAGUCGUUGGCUCUCAGGGAGAGAAGAGCAAACUUAGUCAUGAAGAGAAACCGCCAGAAGAUGAACCUGAAAGGUCCAAGAAGAAAGCUCACCGGAUCAGUCGUUUGAUGCACUUUUGGAGGACCAAAGAUAAAGACAAGUCGCAUGAACAUGGGUUUCGAGAAGAGCGACAAUCAUGAACCUAACCCUUUCUUCGAGACAAAUAUUGACACAUGUACAUAUUUCACCUGAUCACGAUUCGCUUCUAUAUGAUCUUUGCAAGAUCUUUUUACUUUUUUUCGCCGUUUUUCUCCUCUUUAUCUCGCAUUUCUUUUCUUGAUCAAGUUCACCUUUACUAUUAUUGGGUUAGCUGACGAAUUUCUUUUGAUUGGCAUGUGACUGCAAGCGUCAGAGUUUGAAGCUCUAUUUAUCUUUUAUUACUUCUUGAUUAUUCAUGUCUCUCGUUCCAGCUGGAGCAAGCUGAGAGCCAAUCCACUCAACUUCGCUCGCUGUUU